ACAAUAUUCACGAAAUUAUAUGUUAACUUCAUACAAGUAGUUGCAUUUUUUAGAUAUAGUUUGAAAUGCACACCAUUAGAUAAACAUGAGUAUACAUUUUAAUGAAAGAAUCUGUCAGAAUAAUAUCAGCAUAUAAAAUACGCAAUAUAUAUGUACAAAAAUGCAGUUUUGGAAUAAAUGGAAAAAUACAAUUUAUAUAUAUAAGCAUAUGAAACAGCAUAGCAGAAAUUAAGUAUGGCGUUAAUCCUAUCAGCUGAUAUCGUCUGCUGGAAUGACGAAUCGUAGUUCUAUCAAGUGGUUAAAUAGUGCUCCUAAAUACUGUAAAUAUAUUCCAUUAUUCCAUGAUUGUUCUAAUGAAUUAAUAAUAGUAAGAUAAAUAACAAAGUUGUUCUAAUGACGCAAUGAUUAUAUCGGAGUUAGUAAUGGUGAAAAUACUUGCAAGACACGAAUUCGAUCGUAUGCGUCAUUGACAGGUGCGAUAGGAAUAUGGGGAAAUAGAAUAAUUUUCACGAACGAUCUUUUUUACGGCCAAGUGGUAAAGGAAUUUACCAAUUAAGUAGCAGAUUCGUUUGUGAUGAGUGACUCCGAACAACGGCAAUUACACGUGCCUUAUCGAGAGUAUCAUAGUCAGAACAAUACUAAUACUUCUGCUUUGGUAGAAACUGAUGCAUUGGUUGAUCUCUCAACUACGUCUAAUAAUUGUUUACCAGUAAACAACGAGUGUUCAGAAUUGAUACCAGACGUCGAGUUUGUUCCCAACCUAAGCAACGAACAAACUACAGCCAUUGAUUCCCCUGGAACUGACCGGGAGAGCCAGCCUCUCCUUGGUCGACUAGAGCUUGAUGUUACCUUUAAUCGUUUUCCUGAUGAUCCACAAUUUUCUGAAUUAGUAUGGCAGGCUGAAUGCGCGAUAGAUAUUGGAAUCUCUCCUGAAAGAAUAUAUCAAGGUUCUAGUGGCAGUUAUUUUGUAAAAAAUCUUCAAGGGAAAAUAAUAGGCGUUUUUAAACCAAAAGAUGAAGAACCAUAUGGAAGGUUGAAUCCAAAGUGGACAAAAUGGAUGCACAAGCUUUGCUGCCCUUGUUGUUUUGGGCGAAGUUGUUUAAUCCCAAAUCAAGGAUAUCUCAGCGAAGCUGGUGCAAGUUUAGUUGACCGAAAAUUAGGUCUGGGUAUUGUUCCAAACACUAGAGUAGUCAAGCUGGUCAGUAAAACAUUCAACUACCCACGAUUAGACCGUCAAAAAGCCCGUAUGAAGCAAGCCAUUAUGGACCAGUUCCCUACCGUGGGUUCCCAUUUCAAUCGUAUUGGUUUGCCACCAAAAGUUGGUUCUUUUCAAGUGUUUGUAGACGCUUACAAAGAUGCUGAUUAUUGGUUAAGACGAUGGGAAAGCGAACCAUUAUCGCCGCCGCUUAGUAGGGAAUUUCAACUUCAAUUCGAACGUUUAGUCAUUCUGGACUAUAUAAUUAGAAAUACGGACAGAGGUAACGAUAACUGGCUAAUCAAAUACGAUAGCGGUGUAGGAAAAAAUCGACAAGAAGAAGGUGAAGUAAAGAUUGCCGCUAUAGACAAUGGUCUGGCCUUCCCUUUCAAACACCCUGACUCUUGGCGAGCUUAUCCUUAUCACUGGGCAUGGUUAAGUCAAGCGAAACAACCGUUUAGCGAAGUAACGCGAGAGCUUGUGUUGCCACAGCUUUCGGAUCAAAAUUUUGUGCAAGAUCUUUGCGACGACUUGUAUCAGUUAUUUAAACAAGACAAAGGUUUCGAUCGACAUCUCUUUGAUAAACAAAUGAGUGUAAUGCGUGGUCAGAUCUUAAACUUGCAACAAGCUUUGAAGGAUGCUAAAAGUCCUGUGCAAUUGGUUCAGAUGCCUGCUGUGAUCGUUGAAAAGGCCAAAGGAAACGGAGCACCAAGACUAUUUUCAUUUUCUGAUACGUUUACGCAGCGCUUCCAGAAUAAAAGUCCUUUCUUCUCUUGGUGUUAAAGAAAUUGUUGAGUGCUUGAAACGGCAUUAGCCCUGUGUGUUGACUGAAAAAGAACUAUUCGGUGCAUCACAAGUAUCAUCUUAUUAUUUCUUUUGUCUCUCUUUUAACUAUAUUACACAUCGCUACCUCUUUUUGAAUUAGUAAGUUUCUAAUUUACAGCCUGUAGGUAUACCGACAGUUACAUUUAAUUUUUCUUAUAUCUAAAAGAAUAUUUCAUUUUAAUUUGAAUAUAAAUAUCGAUCAUAGUAUAUGAUUAUACUGUAUACAGUAAAUAUAUGUAAUAUUAAACGAAUAUUUUUCGAUAUGCUUCGUGUGGAAAAGUGAGAAAAGCGACGAAUGAAUGUAGAUAAUAGCGUUUUAUAAUUAUACCUAUAACAAUAUCCCUUUAACAAAAGAGCGAGCAAUCACCAUAAUCGCAUUGUAUGUUUUCUAAGUCUUCCAACGUUUCGUGUUGAUACGUGUUAAUUAAUAGAACACAUCGAUCUACAUGUUUUCAUUGGACGCUGUCGAAUCUUAAAAACGAAAGGAAAAAAGAAAAGAAAAAGCGAACUGUGAUCUAGUAGCGAGAAAAACGUAUUCUUAUUGUUUAAAAUAAACACUCUACGCAAUCUA